AUGGAGCUGAGGCCCGAUUCCAGCCACAAGGAGAAUGUGCCCCCCAGGCCUGCGACCCCCCUGAGGCCAGAGCCACGGAGACUCCUGAAGACGCAGAGCCUUGAUGUCGCGCUGCGCCGGUGGGUGCCCAGGGGCCAGGCUGAGCGGGGAGGGCCAGCCUCCACACCAUGCCCGGGGCCAGUGCUUGGCCAGGAGCCCUGCAGAGUCCAGACCAACCUGGCCAGCCCUGGUCCCCGCCCGGGCCUCGCCCUGAAGGACGCGACUGGCCCUGGCCGGCUGAUCAGCUCCAGCUUCCAGAGGCAGAGCAACGUACAGCCCUUGGGUGGCCUUCCCCCGGGGACUGCGCCAGCGUUGGCUGUCCAGCAGAGCAACCUGGGCAUAAGGGAGGCCAGCUUGGCUGAGUGUGGAAGUCACAGCAGCCCCCACCUGUGGCUGGAGCCUCCAGAACGCUUCUGGCCUCACAUGAUGCCCCUGGGAAGCCCCCUACCCCGAGGGCCACGGGCUCGCCCACCCUCCCCCCUGAAGCAGUCCUGGCUGCUGGCCACAGACACCCCCUACCCGGGUUUCCAGCCCAUUGCGCACUAUGCACCUGUUGAUGGGGACACCCGGCCGGGCCCCAGCUCCUGGGGUGGCCUGGGGAACUGGACCUCAGGGCUCAUGGGGGAGCCCCUCACCCUGGAGGACCUGGCUGUCCCUGCCAAAAGCCAGGCUUGCAUCCCGUCCCAAGCUGCCAUCUCCCAGCUGCUGGCGUCCGUGCAACACCUGGAGCACAAGGUGGCCAGCCCCAGGUGCUGGGGGACCCAGAAACCCCUAGUCCCUUCGUGGCAGGAGCCCUGGGCCAGCGACGGCCAGGCCCUCCCUGCUUGCCUGCAGCGCAGCCAGCCUGUUCUUGCUUCCUGGGACAAGAGGAAGAAGCACCCCCGAGAUCUCAGGGGAGCUGUGGAUUUCCCAGGGACACCCGGGGUCCAGCUUGGUCCCUCAGACUCUCAGGCAGGCAGCAAGCCUGCAUACAGCAGGGGGCAGAGGGGGGACCCCCUGCUCCCUCAAGGGGUGGGCAGCAGAGAGGCCAGACUCUGCUCUUCCACCUUCUCCAGAGCAGCCCGGGGUGUCCUCCCAGGGCAGGAAGGAGGGGAGGAGGCCCCCAGGGAGCAGGUCAGCAGGAAGACCUCCUGUCGGCCAGCCACGGCCCCAGCUGGAAGUGCCCUGCAGAACCAAGCCCGAAAUGCGAGCCCGAAAUGGGAGACCGCCCACCGGCAGCUGCUGUCCAGAUGCUUCAGAGCCUGGCGGCGCUCGGUGCGGAGGCGGCGGGCAGUGGCGGAGGCGGCGGCCCCGGGCCGCCGGCAGCUACUGCGCAGGGGCCUGCAGGCACUGCGCUGGGCACUGUGGCUCCGGGAGGCCCAGCUGGAGGUGGCGUGCAGCCGGCACACAAGGGCCCUGCUGGCCCGCAGCUUCCACAAGUGGCGAAACCUGACUCAGCAGCAGAAGCAAGAGCAGCCCUACAUCCAGGCUCGGCCAGGCCCCCCACCAUCUGGGGAGGGUCUCGCAAGAAGGAAGCCAGCGGUGGACCCUGCCCAGGGAAGCAGUCCCGGGAGCCUGAAGGAGGAGGCGGGCACCGGGCCAACCCCAUCACCUUCUGGUCCAAGACCAGAUGGAGGAGACAGGAGAGCCGAGAUCCUGCAGGCCCUGCAACAACUAGCUGCCUUCCUCCUGUGGUGCCGCCAGCAGGAAUGGGCCAGGCAGAGGAAGAAGGGGGUCCAGAGGGAGGCCCCCGGGGCCACGCUGAGCACUGGGAGCGUGGCGAGGCUCCCCCAGGCCUGGGGCUCUCCUGCCGCAGGAGCAGCCCGUGCAGCCCCACUGGACCCCCAGCACCAGAGAGCGUGGCUCCGCAGGUGUUUCGGGGCCUGGCGGCGGCUGGUGAAGAGAGGGGCCCAGUCUCCGGACCACCUGGCUGACCGCCCGAUGGGAGCCCUGAGGAUGUGCCUGAAACAGCGGAUGUGGAUGAAGCGGUCGCAGGUCUCAGAUGGGGCAGAGGUGACUCAGCUGUCCCCCGGCCAGCAGAAGGCAGGUAGGCAAAGAACAGGGCCGUCUGCAGCUCAGCCCCUGCAGGGGCCGCCUCCCGUGGCCUGGCGGGGGGUGGCCCGGGCCCAGGGGCCGCCCCAGGAGCCAGCCUGCAGCUCCCUGCAGGAAGCCUGCCCGAGACUGGCCCUCCAGCCGGUGCUGCUGCUCCGGAGGGCGAGGCUCUCCCAGCGCCAGCAGGCCAACUCCUUCCUCCAGGGCAUACAGCAGCAGAUGCUGAGACACAUCCUGAGGGUGUGGCACUUGACGGUGUGGGGUCCAGAUGCCCCGUCAGACAGUGCCAGCGCCACCUUGGCCCCAGCACCGCUGGGCCGCCCACCGGGAGGGGAGGCCCCGCUGGGCCGCAGCCCAGCCCAUAGCUCAUCGGGGGAGGGUUCCAGGGCCCCUGCCCUCCUGGAGACCCUUCGGCUGAGCUUUCUGUGGGCAGCAGGGCGGCGGCAGCAGGGGCGGUGGCUUCUGCUCUGGCAGGCGCAGGCCUGGUGGUCCCAGGGUGCAGCACCGUGGCACCAGCACACGCUUCAGAGGCGUGUCCUCCUCAGCUGGCACCACUGGGCAACGGCCCAAGGGGCCCGGAGAGAGCUGGCCGCCCGCUGGGCCUGGGAUCGGAGCUGCAGGGCCGCACUGGGCCUGUGGCGGCGGCGGCUGGAGCAGGAGCAGGAGGCAGAGCAGCGGGCCCAGAAGCGGGGCCGGAGGCGGGCGCGAGAUGCGCUGCAGCACUGGCAGUCUCGCUGGCAGAGGCAGCAGUUCCUGCAUGAACAGUACCAGAGGUGGGUGCAGGCUCACAUCCGGGGCCUGCGCAGGGCCGUGUUCCAGAGCUGGCAGCGGGCGGCAGCUCAGCGGGGACACAGGGCGGCCAGGCCAGAGCGGCUCCUACUGCAGAGCCAUUUCCAGGCCUGGUAUGGAUCUCUGAGAGGCGUGGGGAUGCUCCGGGCCCAGUGUCAGGCCUUCCAGGAUGGACUGAGGAGAAGAGCCCUGGGGGCUGCAUUCACCAUGUGGCAGGAAGCCCGAGUGGCCGCAGCCCGCACCCGGGAGCACAGCACGGCCUGGGCCUCCAUUGCUUGCUGGAGAAGCCAUUUGCUGGGUGGCUGGGCAGACAGGCAGCUGAGGAGAGCCCGGGCCCAGAAGGCCUUUGUAGCAUGGCGAGUGGCCCUGGGCCAGCACUGUGAGGCCCACCAGAAGGCCGAAGAGAGGGCUUGGGCCCAGGCCCGGGUGGCCCUGUGCUGGACACUGUGGGUGCCUGAGGCCCACCAACGUUGGCUCAGCCAAGUCCAUGCUGCCCAGAAGCUGAAUGCCAGGGUCCUAGAGGCCUGGGCCCAGUCAGCUUCCCACAGCCAUGUCCAGCGGGUCACCAUCACCCAGUCCCAGCAGGUUGGGUACAGGCAACUCCUGUGGACCCACUGGGCCCAGUGGCGGACAGCGCUGCUCCAAGUGUGGCUGGAACCAUGGACGGAGGAGGCCCAGGAGACCAGCCCAGCCCAGCCCAGGCUGACCAGCAGAGGACGCUUCCUGGUGCUGAUGGAUGCUCCAGACCCAGGGAAGCAGGAGCAGACAAGCGACAGUGUCGUCCAGCUCUGGAUGCAAUGGCCUAGACUGACCCCCUGGGCCCAGGGCCAGCCCCCAGCAGGACGAGGAGGGGACUGCAGCCCUGAGGCCGGCGGCCUCCUGGGCAAAGGCCAGGCGGAUAAGAGGUGGCUGGGGAGGAAGUACCUGCGACGCUGGCACCUAGAGGCGCUGCUCCGCCUGUUCCAGGGCUCCCAGCAGGCCAGGCGCCUGGUGGCGACGUGGCAGCGCUGGGUGGACGCUCAGGGGGCGGAGGAGCUGGCGCGGUCACUGCACCACAGAGGGGCUGGUGGCUGCAGGGAGCGCAGGUGCCCGAGGCAGCAGCGGGCCCAGCUUGGGGUCUUCCAACCCCCUGUCCCCACAGCUCAGGCAGUGGCACCUGAGAUGGGCCUGGCGGACGUGGCGGUGGCGGGUCGUGCAGCUGCAGCUGGCUCGGCGAUUACAGCAACAAGACAACGGCUGGGUCCUUUCUCAGGCCCGAGUGCCAGGUCACUGGCGGUGUCAGGCCGGCUCCCGGCGGAGGGCUCAGUCAGCAGCAACUGGUCUCCUCCCUUCUCAGUGCGGACGCUGCCCCACCCACCGUGGCCCUCUGCAGCAAGGGGAGGGCGCUCCCCACAGAAGGGCAAAAUCUCCCGGCUGAGCAGGGAGCACCAGGCUCCCAUGUCGGGCUGA